AUGGACCUUUGGCUGUUCCUGUGGUUUAUGGCAGUGUCCUACCUUCUAACAAAUGGCAUCAAUGAGACCUACGCCGUGUUCACCGUCUGUCCGAUGAAAAACCACGAUGUGUCCUGUCAAUAUCGAAACCUGACCAAAGUGCCCGAUCUUUCACUGCUGACAAUUAAAAAGCUCGAUUUAUCUUACAACUCAAUCGCGGCACUGACAGAGGAAUCACUGCUGAACCUCAGUUCAUUGCAGUAUCUGGAUGUCUGUUGUAACCAGCUGAAAACCAUUGCAUCAGGUGCUUUGGGACAUUUGCAUAAACUGAGAGUGCUUGUUUUGUCAAACAACCUGCUGAGCAGAAACUUUUCAUCAGGGAAUGGAGCAUUCCGCCUGUUAAAGAAACUAAAAGUGUUACAUCUAUCAAAGAAUUACUGGGACAGUGACACUGUUGCUGAACAUCUGAAAAACCUAUCUUCACUGGAAGAAUUAAAUUUGUCUGGUAACAUACUGGUGAAGCUGACAGCUGAUAUGCUUUGUGGGAUGCAGUCUUUAAAAUAUAUCUCUCUUGAAGGAAAUUAUAUUACAGAAAUAUCAGCAGGGACCUUUGAAUGUUUAGCAGAUUUGGUUGAACUGAAUUUAGCCAUGAAUUCUCUUGCCUGCAUUUCUGAUUUUCAUCUUUCUCAACUUAAAGUGUUGAACAUGAGCAGAAAUGGUAUUGAGUUCUUCAUAACAAAUAGAACUGAUGAAGAAUAUCAGAUUCAAGUGCUCGAUCUAAGCCACAACAGGUUGUUUCAUUUUCCACUUCUUCCAAAAUUUCAUCAGAUUAAAUAUCUGAACUUGUCUGGCAAUUUAUUGAUCAGUGUAACACCCGAAUCAUUGAAUGACUCAAUCGAAUGGGAUAUAAAAAACAGAUAUGAAGAAAUUAAUGGAAUAACUAAACUACUCAACAGCAAUGCAAACUCAACUUUAUCUGAAGUAAGAUUUUUGGAUUUAAGCAACAAUGCAUUAAUAAAUAUAUCACACGCCUUUCUGAAUAAAUUCAGCUCUCUUCAACACCUGAAUCUAAGUGGAAACUGCCUUCAGAAUUUUAAUAUUGAAGAUGGAGAUGAAUUAAACUUGCUGUUAUCUCUGGAUCUGAGUGACAAUGAACUUACGAAUAUAUCGCUCAAAGUGGAUAGCCUAAACCUUCUCCAGUCCUUAAAGUACUUGUACCUUCAAAACAAUUCCAUUCAGUUAUUACCCUCCCAACUUUUUAAAGUCUUGCCAAGAAUAGAAAAGAUAAAUCUUGCCAACAACAAUCUAAGAAUUUGUAAUAUGAAGAAUAAAACCAUGGAGACUCACAAGAUCAAAACCAGCUGUGUGUCUUUUUCUGAAAUCCCUUCCCUUAAGUACCUCAAGCUGGAUGGAAAUAACAUUACACACCUGGCGCCAUACACAUUCUAUAAAACUCCUUUGGUGUAUUUGGACCUUUCAAGAAAUGAAAUCCUUGAAGUGCCUGAUCGGGCUCUGAUCGGUUUAGAAGACUCUUUGAAAUUUCUAUCUUUAAGGUGGAAUUUGAUCCGAACCUCCAAGGUAACUUUGACAUGUUUGAAUCACCUCAGAGAUCUGGAUCUGUCAAAUAAUCAGUUAGACAUUUUACCUUACGGCACUGGAUGUGCCCCACUAGCAAGCCUCGAUAUUCGAGGGAACAAUUUUCAGCUUCUUCAAGAUAAAGUCAUUAGAAAUCUGUCCCAAACUCUUGAAACUCUGUACUUGAGUGGAAAUAAUUUUGACUGUUGUGCAUUGACUUGGUUGGAGUUACUGAAUGGUACUAAGGUUGAAAUACCUGAUGUGGCUAAUACUCAUUGCUUUUACCCAAGUGGCAAUGAUUCUUCAAUGGUCCCUUUAUUUGACAAUCGCAAAGGGGAAUGUCCAACUAACAGCAUCAAGAAACCCAGUCCAUUUCUAGUUAUAAUAUCUGCACUGGCUUGCCUACUGCUGAUUGGAUCGGUGAUAUCAUUAAUAACUGGAGAAUGCUGCCGGCUAUGUCUGCCUACCAAGGGGGAGAGUUCUGAGGCAGAUACAGCUCCAGUGAAAAUCAACAGUGAAUGCCAGAAAGAAGGGCUGACUCUAAGUGUCAUUAAAAUAGAAACUUGA